GCCUAGUUUUUCUCUGCAUGUAAUGCAUUCUCUUCAACUACAAUCCAUCUCUCUCCACUUGAUGAUGAUCCCUUGUCUGUCUACCAAUUGCAUACCACUUUUCAUUUCACCGACCGGCGACCACCACAAUGAGCCAAAUCCAGGCAGCAUUUAAUGGCAGCUGGGUUUGCCAGUCACAAAACUAUGCAAAGACAAGAGGUAUCUUUUUCGGUGACAAUCCAUUCCGCCACCCCAAGACGGUCAUUCUGGCUCAGCUUUCUUUAGCCUCCCUUUUCACCGCCUUCUUUCAACUCCUUUUCAAUCCGCUCGGUGAGAGUGGCUUUUUCUCUCAGAUGAUAGUGGGAAUUUUGAUUGGGCCAUCGCUAUUGGGAUCUCAUCUGAACUCUUUUAGGAACGCUAUCUUCCCCUUGAGGAGCGUUUAUGUGAGCCAAACCUUCUCCUACAUCGGCUGCAUGUUCUUUCUGUUUCUGGUAGGGGUACGAACGGACCUAAGCAUGAUAAAGAAAUCGGGAAAGAAAGCAGUGGUCAUCGGAUUUCUUACCUACGUCCUCCCCAUCUGCCUAAACUUAAUUCUGGCUGCAAUUAUAAACAAUAAGUUCGAUUUGGAACCCACUUUAAAAAAGUCUGUUUUUGUCAUCGCCGGUUUUCAGGGUAUAAGUUCCUUCCAUGUCGUCGUUUGUCUCCUGGCUGACCUCAAACUACUAAAUUCUGAACUUGGUCGGUUAGCCACUUCGUCUUCGUUGGUCAGUGGUCUCUGCUCUUGGCUCUCCGUCGUCACUUGCUUCACCAUAAAUAGCAACUUUCAAGGCAAACAAGAUGUCUUAACAUAUAUGAAUCUGAGUAUGGGGUGUUUGAUUAUUCUUAUCGUCUACAUUUUACGUCCCAUUAUAUUAUGGAUGGUCAAGCGAAUAACAGAGGAGAAAUCAGUAAAAGAGGAUCAUAUAUAUGCCAUAUUUCUUAUGGUUUUAUCUUGUGCAUUCUUUAGUGAAGUAAUUGGUCAGCAAAUGAUGCUUGGACCCAUGAUGUUGGGGCUUGCGGUGCCCGAUGGACCACCAUUAGGCUCCGCACUGGUGGCUAAACUUGAAUCCUAUGUCUCCUCUGUUCUUCUUCCAAGUUACUUUGUACUAAGCGGCUCUCUAGUGAAUAUAUCUAGCAUCCAAUGGGACACCCUCUAUGUUGUGGAGAUGUUCGCUUUAUCUGGCUUUGCUGGUAAACUUCUUGCCACCGUGGUACCGUCACUUUACUGUAAAAUGCCCCUAAAUGAUGCCUUAUGUUUCGGUCUUGUCAUGAGUGCCCAAGGCAUAACCGAUGUCCUCAUGCUUCAUCAUGCUUUUUACCUCGGGCUGAUUAAUGUAGAUAUAUAUACGAUAAUGUCCAUUUCAAUGGUUUUGAUAACCGGAAUCAUGACGCCGAUUAUCAAGUUACUCUACAAUCCGUCCGAGCGAUAUGUCUCCCAUUUGAGAAGGACCCUUCAACAUACACGACCGGACGCGGAGCUGCGAAUGAUGGCCUGCAUUUACUCCGAAGACCAAGCGCCUUCUAUCAUCAACCUCCUGGAGUUGUCCAAUCCUACGUCCAUAAGCCCCAUAUGCUUUUACGUUGUCCACCUCCUCGAGCUUACUGGGAGGUCAGCUCCAGUCCUCCUAAGUCACCGGCCGGGCAAAAAAAACUCUUUUCAGGCAUACUACUCCGAGCACAUCAUAAAUGCCUUCAGAAUGUACGAGCGGCAGCGUCGAGGGUUUCUAGUAGUGAACUUAUUCACCGCUAUUUCGCCAUAUGCUACGAUGCACGACGAAAUAUGUUCCCUUGCUAUGGACAAGAGAGUAGCAAUGGUGAUCAUUCCGUUUCACAGGCACUGGGCCGUGCAUGGCGGAAUGGAUGAACUUCCCCGACCAGUCAGAUCAGCAAACCAUAAUAUCCUGCGAAGCGCGCCCUGCUCUGUGGGUAUUUUGAUCGACCGUGGCACGUUUAUGGGGACAAGCUCUUUAUCGAGCAAGAGUUUGUAUAGCAUCGGGGUGAUUUUCGCGGAAGGACCUGAUGACAGGGAAGCCCUAGCAUACGCCCUACGUAUGGGUGAUCACCCUAACGUAUGCAUCACGGUGGUCCAAUUGAUCGCCAACAACAAACACAAGGUCAGUACUAAUCAAAGCGAUCACCUUGACGAUCAAAUCAUCAACGAAUUUAAGAUCACAAUGGUCGGGAAAAAACAUCAUACUUUCAGGGAAGAAGCUGUUAGUGACAGCGUCGGAACAGUGGCCGUUAUUCGAUCGGUAGAGAAUUGUUUUCACCUAAUUCUGGUGGGAAGACGCCACGACAAAGAGUCGCGGUUGUUCCUAGGGCUAGGGUUGACAGAAUGGAAUGAGUUUCCGGAGUUGGGUUUGAUCGGCGACAUGCUGGCUUCAACGGAUUCUAACUGUCAUACAUCGGUGUUGGUGGUGCAACAACAAACGUUCGCCAACGAAUUAAUAGGGAAGGACAAGUUCCUGUUCAAAGAUUCAUGUGUUGUUCUGGAUAUACCCCAGAAUUCUGGAAAAGUGUGGCCUGAAUUAAAAUAGAUUUAACUUAAUUAAAUUUUUGGUUGAGC